AUGGCUCGCAAGAUCCUCUGCGUGGCCGAGAAGCCCGCCAUUGCCCGCGCUGUGGCAACGCACCUGUCGGGCGGUUCGAUGCAGACACACUCGAUCCGUGGCAACCAAUUUGUGAAGAACUACGAGUUUGACUUCAACUUUGGUGGGAUUUGGGGCAGCUGCUCCGUGACCAUGACGAGCGUGGUUGGUCACCUCACUGGCUUGGACUUUGAACGCCAGUAUAAAGGCUGGCUCUCUUGUCCUCCCGGAUCCCUGUUUGAAGCACCUGUUCAUGAGUCUGUCGAUAAUGUGCGGGACAAGCUCCCGAUUGCAGAGAAUAUCAAGAACCAAGCCCGCUACAGCAAGGCUUUGUUUAUCUGGACAGACUGUGAUCGAGAAGGAGAGCACAUCGGCUCCGAGGUUCGUCACCAGGCAAGAUCAGGGAAUUCUCGCAUUGAGGUCAAGCGGGCCAAGUUCAGCAACACAGAAAGAGCUCACGUUCUCCGUGCGGCGCGAGAGCCGAUUGAACUCGAUGAAUACCAGGCCAAUGCUGUAGCUGCCCGGAUUGAACUGGAUCUUCGAAUCGGAGCCGCAUUCACGCGCCUGCAGACUCUCCAGCUGCAGGCCGUGGUAGCGGCGCUGAAAGAACGAGUCAUCAGUUAUGGAUCCUGUCAGUUCCCGACUUUGGGCUUUGUGGUCGACCGAUACCUGAGGGUGCAGAACUUCAAGCCAGAGACUUUCUGGAGCAUCAAGGUCAUGUUGAAUCGCGAAGGGAAGAAAGUCAACUUUCUAUGGAAGCGAGUCCACCUAUUUGAUCGGGCAGCAGUUACAAUGAUGCUCGAGCGAUGCCUGCUUGCCAAACAGACCAAAGUCACCAAAGUCAACCAGAAGCCAACAAGCAAAUGGCGGCCUCUGCCUUUGACUACUGUGGAUCUGCAAAUGAUGGGCAGUCGAUUCCUCCGCUUAGACAGUCAGACAAUCAUGAAGGUGGCGGAGGCGCUCUAUACAAAGGGUUACAUCAGUUACCCGCGAACAGAGACAGAUCAGUUUGAUAAAGCAAUUGACCUCAAGAAGUUGGUAGAGAAGCAACUCCCAGACAACUCCUGGGGGCAGUACGCGCAAGGUCUUCUCGACGGUAACUUCAGGACACCUCGAGCUGGCCGUCACAAUGAUAAAGCACAUCCGCCCAUUCAUCCCGUGUGCUGGGUGUCUCCAAAUUCCCUAGCAGCAAACGAGAGAAAAGUAUAUGAAUUCGUGGUUCGUCGGUUCCUCGCCUGCUGCUCCGACGAUGCGAAAGGCCAGAGCACCGAGAUUGAAAUCCAGUAUGGCGAGGAGAUGUUCCACGCCAACGGCCUGAUUGUGCUGGAACGAAACUAUCUGGAUGUGUAUGUCUACGACAAGUGGGAAAGUAGCCAGCAGCUCCCGAAAUUCGAACGAGGCGAACUCUUUGAGCCCACCGAGGCCAAUAUCAGCGAGGGCAAGACGGCUGCACCGAACUAUCUGACGGAACCCGAGCUCAUUGGGCUCAUGGAUGCUAAUGGGAUUGGCACAGAUGCUACCAUGGCAGAGCACAUUGCCAAAAUCAAGGAACGUGAGUAUGUCGCAACACGCGCACGAGGCAGCGGCCGCAGCGCAGUGCAGGAACUCAUCCCGACCCGGCUGGGUGUUGCACUCGUGGAGGGCUACGACAAUGUGGUCUCGGGUCUCCCCAACAGUGUCUCCCUUAGCAAGCCGUUCCUGCGCAAAGAGAUGGAGUUGCGGAUGAUGGAGAUUUGUUCGGGUACAAAAACCCGACAGGAUGUUGUACAGGAGAGUUUGGACAUGUAUCGAGACGUCUUUAUCCAUACACAGAGACGCAUCGAGAUGUUGAAGGCCGCCUGUCGAAAAUACCUGAUUGAAGAAGCCGCAUCAUGA